AUCCGAACCCGAUCCGAAAUAACCGAAACCGAACUUAAAAUACCCGAACCCGACCCGAAGUACAGAAAUACCCGAACGGGUUCUACACCUCUAUACCGAAAUACCCGAAAAUCCGAAAUACCCGAUCCGAACCCGAACGGGUACCCGAACGCCCACCCCUACAUCUUACACUUUCAUAAAUAACAUAAUUAGAGGAAUCAUAGAGAAAAAUCAAUAUGGGUCAUCACAUGUCUUGAUUGAUGAUUAUCCUUAAUAUCUUUCACCAUCGACUUAGCUUGUAAAUUUAUUAUGCGUCUAAUAAGUUUGUUGAAGGUUUGGUUUGAUGUCAGAACAAAUAAGUUUCAUAUCUGAUAUCUAUCUGUCUGUCUCUGUCUAACUCGAAUCACAAGGACGCCACAUGCAAAAUCAUGGCCGUUGCAGAUCCGGCAUUAACGCUUUCCCAUAUCUUUUUUUUUUCUCCCAUAUCAUAGCACAAUGUCUCAGUAAUUGCGUCUUUCGUUUUUCUAAAACAAAGAAGACUUGAAGAAAAUUAAAAUAAGCAGGGGUUUCUAAGUUUCUCUACACCUCUCAAAGUCAUGGCCUCGUCUGUGGAUCUUAGCAAGAAGCAGUUUAAGAAGUCUAUGACCAAGAAAUCACAUUCAUGGUGGUGGGACAGUCACAAUUGUCCCAAGAACUCGAAGUGGCUUGCUCAGAAUCUGGAGAAGAUGGAUGACCGUGUGAAACACAUGUUAAAGUUGAUUGAAGAAGACGCAGACUCUUUUGCCAAGAAAGCUCAGAUGUAUUACCAGAAGCGUCCCGAGUUAAUCCACCUUGUGGAGGAGUUUUACCGCAUGUAUCGCGCUUUGGCUGAGCGUUAUGAUCAAGCUAGUGGUGAACUUCAGAAAAUUCAUCUCUCUGGGAUACAGUCACAGGGCUCUCUUGAGAAAUCAUCUCCUACUAAUUCCCAAGAGAAAUCGAGUCACCCUCAUAAGGAAGAGGAAGACUCAUCAUCUCUGUCUGAUUCUGAUUCUGACUCUAAAUCGGUUCCUGAUCAUUCCUCUGUUAAUGAUGAAGAUGGUGACGAGGCAUUGAUCCGUAGGAUGGCUGAUCUAGAACUUGAGCUUCAAGAAACUAAAGAGAAACUCCAUCUACAGCAGGAACGUCUUAAUGGUGACAACAACACUGAUCUCCUUCAGAAAAUUACUGUAUAUGAAGGAGAGCUUAAAGAAGCUAAUGUAAAGAUUCGAAUGCAAGAAAAAGAGAUCGCUAAUCUGAAGAUUGAGCUUAAGAGUUGCAUUUCCUCUGAAGCAGAAACUCAACUUGGUGUUGAGCAAGAGAGUCUUGAUUUGGUUAAAGAGGAAACUAAAGAUGCAGGGGCCACUCUUUUCUGCGCAACCACGUCUGGUGGUAUUGUGUCUCUUUCUAUUAUUAUCAUUUUGUAUUGUUUUAAAAAAUACAUAUGAGAUAGGCGAUCGAUCAUUUCUUUUUUGAAGUCAAUACGGUGGGUUGUUGCCAAAUUGACUCCAUUGACAUUGAACUGUGCUUCGCGUUUAUUUUAACGUCCACUGCUACUUCUUUUUUCAAAAUAAAGAUCGAUGAUCUAUUUUCUCAUUA